AUGGGAAGUCAGGCGAUAAAAGUAGUUGAUCAACUACGAGCUCAAUGGUACUGGAAAUCAAAUUCCGAUUCAUGGUCAACAAAUGGAAAUGAAGAAUGGACAAAAUAUGCUGAUAUCGAAUCAGCGAUUAUCGAAGAAGCAUUUAAUCGACAGAAUAAAACAAAACUAGCUGAACUGGAGAAUUAUUCGAUUAACUUAAACGACUGCAUUCAAAUCAGUAAAUCAGAUCCAAAUGAACAACGGCAAAUAAAACGGGUUCUAACUAGUAGAAAUGAAAGUCAAGGCUUAAGAGAAGAAAGAUUCUUUCUCCCACCAGCAUUGAGUAAAACGUUCAAUGAUGACCACGCUGCAUCAUGCUUGAGUCAGUUGUUGAAGACCUCGCCCUCCUCAGAUGAGCAUUCGUGUGACGAAACUGAAAUGGCACCUGGUGGCAUGCAGCAUCUAGGAGAUAGACGAACAGGACAAUUAUAUAACGGGAUAUGGGACUGUGAAAAUGGUGCUGGUGAAGAACGUUGUUUUGAAUUAGAAUUAAAUGAAUGUAAUCCAGAUACACAUUAUCGUUGUCACAGCGGACAAUGUAUAAUAAAAAGUUUUUCAUUCGAUCAUAUUUAUGAUUGUAUGGAUUAUUCAGAUGAACAAGGAUCGGAUUUUUUAGAUAUCAAAUCAAAACCGUGCCAUAAAUUAUCAACAAUUGAAUGUGAAGAAUAUAAUUGUGCCUGGUUAAAAUUUUCUUGUUUAGAUGGACAAUGUAUUCGUAAUUCGGAAGAUCAUUUUUGCGAAAGUCCACGUGAAGUAUUAUAUAAUAGACAAAAAAUUUUUCGUAAAUCUAAUGAUGAUCUAACAGAAUUAUGCUGGAAGUAUAUGAUGUGUAUAACAGACGCGAUAACAUCAUGGAGAGUCUUGUUUACCGGUACACAAAUAAUAUUUUCAUCGUGUACUCAGUACCAUCUAUCAGCGUUAAAUUUGUUUCAUUGUAAUAAUUCUAAUAAAUACAUUUCAAAAUAUCGUGUAAAUAAUGGUUUUGAUGAUUGGGAUCUUUAUCAAGAUGAAAAAUACAGUAACACAUGUGGAUUAAAUUUAAAAAAUGAUCAAUUUGAAUGUUUUGCUGGUGAACAAUGUUUUUCUCGUGUAAAAUUUCUUGAUACGAUUGAGAAUUGUGAUGACAAAUCAGAUGAACCUUUUCGAUUUAAUUGUCUUCUAGCACCUGAUGAAAAUAAUCUUGCAUGUGAAUUAAUUCGUAAUCUUAAAAAAACAUUACCAACGUAUUUUCUUUUUCAAGAUCUUUGUGAUGAUCUUAUUUUUCGAAAUAUUCCAAUUGAUAAUGAAACAGAUGAAACAAAGUGUGAUUUAUGGCCAUGCAAUUCUCGUUCAAAAACUUGUAAUGGUUUUUGGAACUGUCCAAAUGUGAUUCACUAUCAAAGUGAACGUGUAACAAUAUUUCUUGAAUUUGUAAUACCAAGUAAUAAAUUUGAACAUUUAACAUUAUUUAGACUUAUGACCUAUUUGUUAGAUGAAAAUAAUACAAUUUUGAAUACUGAACAAGUUGUACAUAGUCCAUAUAUUCAGCCAGGUUAUAAGCAUAUAUUUUAUUUAAUCUAUCCACGAAACCAUUCUAUUAUUGUUGGUGAAAAAAAGAAUGUGAAAAUCGAUGCAUAUUCCGUAACACAAACAAAUAUUGAUUAUCAAUCAUCUUGGUAUGAAUCAAUUCAAUUUCCAUUUCUUCCUGUCAAUCGAUUAACAAUGAAAUUAACAUUAAGGGAUAAAAUUCUGUGUGGUGGAAAAGAAGGUAAACGUUCUUGUAUACACGGUAGAUGUGUAAAAUAUACUAAUUCACCAAAAACAUUUUGUUUAUGUAAUGAUGGAUGGACGGGCGCACAGUGCAAUGAAGAAUGGUUAUUGAGCUAUUGUAACUGUUCGAAAUAUUCAAAAUGUAUUGAAGAUGGAAAAUGCUUAUGUCCGAUUGGUUUUAUUUGUAUAACAUGUCAUAUCAGAUAUAAUCCAUGUAAAAAUGUUACGUGUAAUAAUAAUGAUACUUGUUUACCUUUAGAUCAACGUAGUUUAAAAUUUGUUUGUAUUUGUCAAAAAAAUUAUUUUGUUGUAAAUCGUGAACACCAAAAUGCUGUUUUAACACUUAAUCCCUCAUCGUUGAUAUAUCAAGAUGUAGCAGCAGCUAUUAUUAUUCAUUUUGUCAAAGUUAAUUUACGUAUUGGUUUUAUGGAACAUGAAGAUCGAUUUCUAUAUAAAAAUAGUGAGCUAAAUUAUCAAUCAUUUCAAAUAUGUUUUUAUGAUGAAAUAUAUCAAUGUUUUUGUUAUAAUAAUUUUCAACCUGAUUAUCUUGUUUUUAAUCAUCAUGUAAAUAAUUGUACAACAGAUACAGCUGUUUAUUGUCAAAAUGAUGCUCGUUGUUUACAAGCAAAUCGUCAGAGUAUUUAUUAUUUUACAUGUCUAUAUUCACUUGAAAUAAAAGGUCUUAUUCAAACAUUUGUGUUCAUCGUUGUUGUUGUAUUAACAAUUUCAUCAUUCAUUGCUAAUCUAAUAUCGAUCACUACAUUUUGCCAGCCAAAACCACGAGAAGUUGGCUGUGGUUUAUAUCUAUUAACAUUAUCAAUUAUUAGCCAAUUAGACAUAUUUAUAUUUGGUUUACGAUUUAUCUCACUUUUACUUAAUCAAUUUACAUUUAUUAGUUGUAUUCUAUUAGAAUUUUUACUACCAGUUAUACCAUCUAUAUUUGAUUGGCUAACAGCGUUGAUUGCCAUUGAACGAGCAAUAACAGUUAUUAAAGAAGCAAACUUUAAUAAAAAGAAAAGUUAUGAAUUAGCAAAAUAUAUCAUUAUUUGUAUUUUCAUUACUAUUCCUUUAUCGUCACUACAUAAACCAUUUCAUUGUAAUUUAACAAUUUGA